AUGGACCCAACACUUGAUGCGCUGUUAUGUUUGGCCCAGGGCAACGGCAUCUGGGACGAGCGGGACGAGCGCCGGGUAGCUUCUAGUACGGCAUGUACGGACAUGGCGUUGGUGCGCAAGGCUCUUGAGGAGGCGCAUGGCGACGUCGAGGCGGCCAUCGAGCGCGUGAUUGAGGCGCUGGCGGCGGAGCCGGCCGCAACGGCGGAUGCCGCCGCAGCGGCGGUGACGCCGACGGAGCCAAGUGCCUGUACGGCAACAAAUGCACCCGACGAGGCCGAUAGUAGUCAGCCCACAGCUGGCGUGGGUCCUGAGCGCAACGACGGCGCCGCGGGGGCCGACGGCGCAGGUGAUUUACGGCAGGGCAGCGGCGCAGCCGCCGCUGGCCCCUGGCCCAGCUGCGAGGCGAAGAAGCACGAGGGUGGCAGGGAUGGGGAAGGUGGCUGUAGCGACGAGCCGGCGGCGGGAGUCAUGGCGGGCGGAGAGCCGCGCGCUGCCGUCACUGACGGCGCAUUCUGUAUCGUCGACGCCGACGCCACGUCAUCCUCGACAUUGCCGUCCUCGCCACCUCCGCCGUUGGAGGCGGCGACGGCGGCGGUGGCGGCGGCGGGUAAAGGCGUCAGAAUGACGAGCGUACGGAUCGUCGGCGGUAAAACUAAAGCGGCGGCGGCACUCAAGAUAAUCGCCGCCGCGGGCUCGGCGACGGCGGCGUCUAGGCCUAGCAACAACAAGCCUUGCCCUUGCGGAUCAGGCAAGAAGUACAAGGCCUGCUGCGGCCCUGCUGCUGCGGCGGCGGCGCGACGGCGGGCGGCUGCGGAUACGACAUCUGAAGCGGCGUUGACGGAGCAUCAGUCGGACGCGCGAGUGCCGGUAGCGCAGGUUGCUGCGUUGUUAAUCUAG